AUGGCCACCCAGCAAACUGCAAUCACACAGCAUGCCUUGGUCAACGGUGUGAAAGCGGCAUAUCGUCGCCUUGGACAGUCAUCUGGCAUACCAUUGGUGAUGAUGAUCCAUUUCCGUGGAAACAUGGACUUCUGGGACCCGGCUCUCAUCAAUUCGCUCGCUGAAUCUCGGCCGCUCAUACUCCUUGACUACCCAGGAGUCGGACACAGCGAAGGCGAGAUGCCAACUACUUUUCAGGGAUGGGCUGCACACGUUGUCGGCCUUGUGGAAGUUUUGGAUAUCAAAGAGAUUGAUCUACUUGGAUUCUCUAUGGGCGGUGCCGCAGCCCAGUACGUUGCUUUGAAUGCUCCCGGCCUUGUCAGAAAACUUAUAUUGGCCGGCACCCGCACAAGCAUUACACCAAAUUCAACCCGCGGUCCGCCGGAGAUCUUCGCAGCACUAGCAACUUCUCGCACGCAGGAGGAAUUCAAAGCCUCCAUUGCUCUUUCCUUCUUCAAUCCAAGCCCUCAUGGUCAAGCAGCAGCCCAGGCUUCUUGGGACCGCAUCGUGUCUCGGACUACGGAUCGCGCUCCGCACCUCGGCCCCGAACUCGCAAAACGACAAAUCGAAUCUUUCGCGAGUAAUAUGAAGCCGCACCCACGAAACGCCUUUGAGCGUAUCCAUGAGCUCACGAUACCUGUUUUCGUGGCAAAUGGAGAUAAUGAUACAUUGAUUCCAACGGUUAAUAGUCAUGAACUAGCGCAGAUCCUGCCGUUUGCACAUCUCCAUAUCUACCCCAACUCGGGGCAUGGAUUCUUGUACCAAUAUGCAGAGCUGUUUGCAAAGCAUGUUGAUCUGUUUCUUGACGAAAAGCAUGCAGUAGAGGAGGCUAGGGAAGUACAAAAGUUCAAGGCAGUGAAAGCACGUUUGGCUUAG